GAGGAUUCAUAUUUUGGCUCACACAGGAAGAUGCCAAUUUUUGAGACACCCUGUAGUGGUGUUGUACUUUGACUCACCCUGUAACAUGUGGAUGUAAUGACCUGAUUAGUUAGACAUCGUCAGCUUCCUGUGUGUGUUCACCCCCGAAAAACUGACAAACUUUAUCUAUGGCUACCUGCAUCUCUGCAUCCUAAAAUUUGGAAUUUUUUUGGUGUGGAAAAAACAACUAAUUCUCAUGUUUUGGAUGAAAACAACAAAAACACAAGUAAUGACAUGACGGAUCAAGACAACAAAAUCAAGGACAGACUGGGUGGUCUGGACCUAGCCGAUGAAUGGCAGGAGGAUGACAUCCCGGGUAUGCCCCCCGCAGAAAAGGAAUCCGACUCCAGCGACUCGGAAGGCUCGCGAUCACGACAUUCCAGUAACUCUAGUAACUCCAGUACAGAGCAAUCCCCAGUGCGGCCUUCCCUGCUGAGCGCCCACCCCAAGAAGAAGAUCACGGCUAACUUUAACAUCCUGAGUGACGAUCUAGACGAUGACGGGGCGGAUCCAGCCGACGGUCUGGAGUGGGAGAAUGAUACACCUAUCAAACGGUCGGAUCCACUCCCUGAAUUCUCUGCUCGGGAUGAAUACCGCGAGUCUAAACUCUGGAAGGGGGUGGAGAUCGGAGGAAAACAGAUGAAGAUUGACCUGAAGGUCAUUGAGCCAUAUAAAAGGGUCCUCUCUCAUGGAGGUUACUAUGGAGAGGGACUGAAUGCCAUUAUUAUUUUCUCGGGAUGUUACUUACCAGACCACAGUAGGAAAGAUUAUCAGUAUGUGAUGGAUAAUUUAUUUAUGUAUGUGAUAAGUACCUUGGAGACCCUGGUUGCCGAGGACUACAUGAUUGUUUAUUUCCAUGGAGCCACACCACGGCGACAGAUGCCAAGCUUUGGUUGGCUAAAAAAAUGUUACCAGAUGAUUGACAGAAGAUUGAGGAAGAAUCUGAAGUCCUUAAUGCUGAUUCAUCCCACUCUGUGGUUAAGAACUAUAGUCAUGAUGACCAGACCAUUUAUCAGUGCCAAAUUUUCCUCCAAGCUGCGGUUUGUGCGGUCGCUGUCAGAACUAGGUCAGAUCAUUCCUAUGGAGUAUAUUUCUGUCCCAGAACAAGUUCAACAGUACGAUGAUAGAAUAAUACAGCACCAGGCUAAAGUUACCUCCCCUAUCUCUCACUCUCCUGAACCCCUUACCUCCCCUUCCUAAUCCCAGAGCAGCCACACACAGCACAUUUAUCACAGCAGAAUAGAAGUCAUGUUGGAGCAAAAUCCUAAUUUUCUAGAGGAGUUUGACAAUGAAAAGGAAGAAAAGAAGAAAGAGAGGGAGAGAAAGAAAGAAGAAAAAAGGAAAAAGAAAGAGGAGGAAAAACAGA